GAGAAAGAGAGAGAGAGAGGGAGGGAGAGAAGCCUAUCAUUGUCUUGACUGGAUGCAGACUCUGGUCUCUCAGGCUGCGUGAGGAGGAGGCCCUGACACACGUCCUAACAUUUUACAACUAUGGACCAGAACCUGACGAUCCCAGUGGUGGCAGCUUUUUCCGUGGUGGUAGUGACAGUGCUGUACUUCUUCCUGCGAGACUCUGCAGGAGGGAAGAAGAAGAAGCUACCUGUCGCUCUGCAGGACCCCAUGGUCAAAUAUUCACUUCCCCUUAUAGACAAACACGAAAUCAGUCAUGACACGAAGAAAUUUCGGUUUGGCCUUCCAUCUAAAGCUCAUAUCCUUGGACUGCCAGUAGGUCAGCAUGUGUACCUCUCAGCCAAGGUGAACGGCAAUCUGGUGGUCAGAGCCUACACACCAGUCUCCAGUGAUGAGGACCAGGGAUAUGUUGACCUUGUGGUAAAGGUGUACUACAAGAACUGUCAUCCCUCCUUUCCAGAGGGAGGGAAGAUGUCUCAGUACCUCGACAACAUGGCUAUUGGAGACACGAUUGACUUCAGAGGACCCAAUGGACUGCUGGUGUAUAAGGGAAAUGGUCAGUUUUCCAUCCGACCGGACAAGAAGUCAGACCCCAAGGUUCGGAAGUUUAAGCACGUCGGAAUGAUCGCUGGAGGAACAGGUAUCACUCCUAUGCUGCAGUUAAUUCGCAGGAUCACAGCGGACCCCUCUGACAACACCAAGUGCUCUCUCAUAUUUGCCAACCAGACUGAGAAGGAUAUCCUGCUGAGGGAGGAGCUGGAGGAGGUGAAGAGGAAUCAUCCUGACCAGGUCAACCUCUGGUUUACGCUGGACAAACCUCCACAGGACUGGCGCUACAGUUCAGGAUUUGUGACCUAUGACAUGAUCAAGGACCACCUCCCUACUCCGUCCAACGAUGUCCUUAUUGUCCUGUGCGGUCCUCCACCUAUGAUUCAGAAUGCCUGUCUGCCAAAUAUGGAAAAGCUGGGAUAUAAAACAGAAAACACCUUUUCUUACUAGCAUUCUGAUUGGCUACAGAGCUGAUUUGUUCCCUGUAAUCAUUUGGCCACAAAUGAAAAUUGUUAAUGGUCUAAUACUAUUCAAAAUGACAGACUGUGUAUGUCUGGUGCUGUUAACAGUCUUUGUCAUUUAGGAUUUUUGGUCUCACUGACACUAGAACCACUAAUUGCCAUCAAAAUCACUCAAUAACAAUGGUAUGAAAAUUUUCUGAUGUACUUUUAUUUACAGCAACAAACUGCCAUCAUAUUAUCCCUUAUACAAGACGUCAGUCUCUUUUGAAAUCAAACUGUUUUUUAGGCCAAAAUGUAAUUUUUUGAAAAAUAAAAAUGGAGUA